AUGUCAACACCCCAAGGAUCAGGAUCUGGCUCCGGUUCUGGCAUAGGCCCACACUACUACAUUGGACCCUUCGGUCGUAUGUUACCCACCACAGAUGGCCCAUCCUCGGAGCAGCAAUCCGAGCAUCCAGCUAAUUUACAAGAAUCCCCGGACCUUCCAUACCAGCUUCCACCCCCGCGUGUUCCAGCUAGUUUACAAUUUGGAUCUGAUCCCUUCCCACGACAGAAAGGCAGUCCUCAGGGCAAAGACAGUCGACCAAAUCACCAGAAGCCAGAGCAACUUCCCUCCGUGAGUCAAAUACUUACUCCAACACCGGGUACCAAUUCAGCACAAUACCCUCAACCAUUUGCGACUUCGACACCCAACAUAGGGCGCCGUGAACCUGCAUAUCCACCUCACUAUCACGAUCCGAAUUUCCAGGGUUCGCCAACCUCUAUACAGGAUAGAGGCCGUUCCGAAUCUCUCCCGCAACUUCACACUGGCCUGCCCCCACUAUCACAAGUGGCUCUGCAUGGCCACGGAGGUAUAAGAAACCACACGCCGACAAGAAGUGAUCCAUCUGCUACAUCCUAUCCGCACGGUCAGCUACCCUUUCACACCACAGUCUCACAUGAUCAAGCCCCAAGUGGGGAACUAUCAUCACCGGAAAGUUCAAAUCGAUCACGCAACCAGCCCCUCCGGCCUCAUGUGGUAGACGAGCGAGUAAUCGACGGGGAACUUUGCUUCGUAUAUGCAGACGGAUCAUUCUGUCCCAAAUUUAUCGAUGGUACACCUGUCAACGCAAAUUGGGGCGUAACGAAGGCCGGGAGGCCGAGAAAGCGCCUUGGACUUGCCUGCCUGACCUGUCGCGAGAAGAAGAUCAAGUGUAAUCCUAACCCAACUCCCGAGGCCGUAUGUGAUCAAUGCCGGAAAUCUGGACGUGAAUGCAGGUUCGAAAGUGCCCCGCGGGGGAACCGUCCUCCAUUGAGAGGGUCAGCAGGGCCAUCUGGUAGACCCGACCCUUACUCCCGCGCUAGUCACGGUACUUUGGACAUUUCUCCGGCACCUUACGACAUCGCUCGAGCCUCGGACAGUGCGACCUCCCUUCCUGGAACCAACGGCCACUCACCGAUAUCAGAGGGCUCGAUGCUCACGCCGUCAGCUCAAGAUGCUACGUAUGAAACCAUGGCUGAGGCCGAUAAAGCUUUAAGAUCCCGAUCUUACCGAUUCCCACCGUCUUUACCCGGCGCGGAUGACACCCUUGGACGACCGUCGGCACAUAUCGAGUCUACUCGUUCGCCCGAGUACUCUGACAUUCUGGGGGAACUCAAGGACAACAACUCGGACGACCCACUCGCGGCAUCCUGGCACCUGGACCCGUACGAAAGCGACCCAGAGACAGCGGUUCACUAUACUGAAUGCUAUUUUUUGCACAUGAAUGACGGGCUGUACCACAUGUUCCCGCAUGGACGAUUUAGCUCGUGGUUGAAAUCCUACCCCACCAAGUCUGCCGACGACAAAAUGCUCCUUUAUUCUAUGAUGGCUCUUGGAUCUGUGUUCUCAGACAGGCCAGACAAAAUGGCAGCUAUGAGGCGAUAUUCUCGCAUAGCACGAUUUGCUAUCAACAGAAGCCAGCACACCCUCUCUUUGCAGCUUGCUCAGAGCCAUAUCAUAAUGAGUCUUUGGUACUACGCUACAGGGUCACUGGUCGGGUCUUGGGACUCGAUAGGCGCAGCGGGAAGAGCGGUCUUUGGGCUUCGUUACAACGUGGAAUCUGGCGGCGUUGUUGUGGAUCAAAGCCAGAUAUGUGACUACGGGUUACAUCCACAGGCGUUGAUUGAGUGCCGAAGGCGGACCUUUUGGAUUGCUUUUGUGCUUGAUCGCUUCUCGAGCCUCUAUUCCGCUUCGUCGACCUUCAUCUCGUCAGAUGCAGCCCUGUUGAGACUCCCAUGCCGAGAAGAAAUAUAUGAGACUCAGCAGUACGCGACAGUCCCCUAUUUCCAAUCAUUCCUCAACCACAUCCCCGCCUCCACAGGCGAUGACCGCUCCACACUAAGCCCAAUGGCCUUCUUAAUCGAGAUCAUGGCUAUUUGGGGAGACAUUUCUCUGCAUAUAACCAGGUUACCACACAUUCCCCCCGAAGCAUACAACCAAAUCGCCGAAGAAUUCCACACCACCAUCGUCCAAAAAUCCAACCAAUGGAUGAACCGACUUCCUGAGUACCUGGCAUUCUCACCUAUAAGCCUAGAACGAAGCAUCCGGCAAAGAAAAGCAGACACCUUCAUUUCGACCCACUUGUUCUACCACGCCAGUUUGAUGAAACUGUACAGACACGCUCGCUACCAGAGCCUUCGACCCGAAAUACUAAGCCAGUACAUCCACCGCGCUCGAUACCACGCCGUCGAAAUCCUCCGCAUCUCUCUCACCUUCGACCAAUACGCCAAAAAGAUCACCCCUUCUCGGCACAACACAGAGACAUCCAUUUCCCAAUUAACCCUCCUGAACCCAUUCCUCGGCUACGUGAUUUUAUCAGCUGUGGAUGUCCUUAGCUCCGCUGGUCUGGCGUCGCAGUUGCACGAGUGCAUCUCUUACAUUAGAGGUGCACUAGAUACUGUUCACGAGCUCGGCCGCUACUGGGAUAGCUCUUUGCAACUAUCCGCCGUUCUCCACAGACGUCUGGGUCUGAUGAUUAGCUGUAUGAAUGAGCGCAGCGUCUUCGCGGAGAAACAGGGUUUUGCUCUCGAUGGCCCGCCGCUUGAGACGAAGGUCCAUGCUGGCGCUUUGCAUUCUCAUCCGCCGGCUACAAUGGGUGAGGACCUUUUCACAGGAUCUAUGCCUAGACAGGUGCUUUUGAAUGCUCUGCGGCUUGAUGAGACGCUCAUUUCGGAGAGUGGUAUUGCUUGGAUUAGAGAUCCUUGA